UAUGUAUGUACCUACACCGCCUAAACACCAACUCACUUAGAAUUGUUAAGAUAACACACACGAGGAGUCGAACAAACUAUCAUAGCGUGAUCCUAAUCAAGUUUUCGGUUUGUAUAUAAAAUCGUCGAGUUAUUUACAAAUCAUUCAUAAGUGUUCGGACCGAGUGUUUGGCCAGUCACAACCAUGUCGGCCUUAUAUUUCCUCGCAGCAGUCCCAGUGUUAGCUUACGCUAUUUAUUAUUAUUUUACGAGGACAUUCAACUAUUGGAAGAGUAGAAAUGUUCCCGGACCAGAACCAACUGCAUUUUUUGGAAACAUCAAGGAAUCGGUUGUUCGCACAAAAAAUAUUGGCAUUGUAAUGCAUGACAUCUACAAAGCAUUUCCAAAUGAAAAAGUGGUCGGUAUGUUCAGGAUGACUUCACCUUGUCUCCUUAUCCGAGACCUGGACAUAGUCAAACAUGUCAUGAUCAAAGACUUUGAAGCGUUUAGUGAUCGUGGAGUGGAAUUCAGCAAAGAAGGAUUGGGACAAAACUUAUUCCACGCUGAUGGAGAAACAUGGACAGCUUUGAGGAAUAGAUUCACACCCAUUUUCACAACUGGUAAAUUGAAUAACAUGUUUUACUUGUUAAACGAAGGAGGUGAUUCAUUUAUAGAGUACUUUAUUACUGAAUGCCAAAAGAAACAGGAAUUUGAUAUCCAGCCUCUCCUCCAGACAUACACCUUGUCCACGAUCUCUGCCUGUGCAUUUGGUAUUAGUUAUGACAGUCUUGAUGAUAAAUUGGAGACUCUGAAACUUGUCGACAAAUUAUUUUCAUCUCCAAGUUAUGCAUUUGAGUUGGAUAUGAUGUAUCCAGGACUCCUGAAAGCACUCAACCUUUCUUUAUUCCCUUCAUCCAUACAAAAGUUCUUCGACAAUCUAGUGAAAACUGUUAUUGCGCAAAGAAAUGGUAAACCAUCAGGUCGACAUGAUUUCAUGGACCUUAUCUUGGCACUCCGUGAAAUUGGAGAAGUCUCAAAUGCAAAACAUGACUCUGCGAAGCCUGUGGAAAUAACACCCGAGGUGAUGGCAGCACAAGCAUUUGUAUUUUAUGCCGGUGGCUAUGAAACCAGUGCUACUACGAUGACGUUCAUGCUUUACCAACUAGCAAUGAAUCCAGAUAUUCAAAAUAAGUUAAGGGCAGAAAUUGACGAUGUUAUACAAGCAAAUAAUGGACAAGUAACAUACGAGUCUAUUAAGGAAAUGAAGUACCUAAACAAAGUAUUUGAUGAAACUCUACGAAUGUACUCAAUUGUGGAACCUCUUCAGAGUAAAGUGGUAAGGGAUUACCAAGUACCCGGUACUAACCUGACUUUGGAAAAGUACACCAUUGUACUUAUAUCCCCAAGAGGCAUACACUACGAUGAGAAAUAUUAUGAUAACCCUGAACAGUUCAACCCUGACAGAUUUUACCCGGAGGAUGUGGGCAAGCGCCAUCCGUGUGCUUACUUGCCAUUUGGACUUGGACAGCGAAACUGCAUCGGAUUGAGGUUUGGCAAACUCCAGUCACAAUUAUGCAUAGUCAAGUUUCUGUCCAAGUUCCAAGUGGAGCCAUCAAAGAAUACUGCAAGGAAGUUGGAAUUUGAACCCUGCCGUACUAUUAUCGGACCCAAAGGAGGAAUUCGUUUAAAUAUUGUUCCUAGAAAGUUGAAGGCUUGAAGACUUUCAAACUGUUGACAUUGUCAUAAAUUAUUACAGCAGGCCAGCAAGUUAACUUACACCAGUUUGUCAAUUUUUUCACUGGUUUUUCGACUAUAUAUAUAAAGUAAUACAGUUGAAAUCUAAUAAAGAUAUUUGAUAGAACGGAGUAGGCAAACCUGCUGGCUACUGGUACAUAGAAUAUCGCACACAUUUUGAUCUAAAAGAAUUAGUUUAUAUCAUAUAUGGCCAUUAUCACCAUUAAUGUUAUUUAUUUAAAUGUUAAAGACUUAUGAGGGCCUAUCAACAACCAUCGGUCACAGUUCCAGUCAUUUGUUAAAUGUAUAAUAGUCAUUGCUCAUUCGCAAAUCAUUCAUUAUAUUAUAAAUAAACUAUUC